AUUUCGGUUACGUUUAUUUCAAUCGCUGUAGGUUUACAGAGACCUGAAGACGGAAACCAUGGAUGCGACGUCCAGCUCCUCCUCCUCCGCCGUUAUCGAUGCCCUGAGCCGCCGAGGCUGGUGCUUCGCCAACAUAGAUUACAUGAAGGCGAUGAUCUCCGAGAUCUCCUCUGUGGUCGAUGCCGAUUGUGGAGCGCGCGCCGUCGUGGACUCGGUGGAAGCGGAGCUUCUGAACAUGGAUAUUAGGUCAUUCGGGGCUAAAUCCCUACCCGAUCCGGCCGAAUUGCGUAGGUGUUCUCAUCUACAGGGUCCCAAAGUUCUCCAGAUAAGUUCGGUUAGGGAUAUCACCAGAAGUAGCGAGGACCUUAUGGGAAGUUCAAGCGCAAAGCGUUUACUAAGAUUGACUCUGACAGAUGGGCAUACUGAGAUUUCUGCCCUUGAGUUCUCUCACGUACCGGCGAUCCCCGACGAUGUAGCUCCUGGUACUAAGUUGCAUCUAGAUAAUAAGGCUGUAGUACGUAAUGGUCUAGUAUGUUUGACGCCAAAAGAGGUGAAGGUUUUGGGUGGAGUUGUAAAGUCACUCUAUGAGGAAUGGCAGAUGAAGAGAAAAUACUUUGGCAUGUCCCGCAAAUCAGGAAGGAAAUCUCAGGAGAACGGAGCUGGUAGCUGUCCUCCUCCGUUUGAGGAGUUGAAGAUUCAGACAGGUUCUCAUCACCUUGAUAACAAGAAGCCUAUAUCCAGGAGCACACCCACAGUUGCAGAAAGUGCGGAGAAACGUACUAAUCUGGAAAGAGCUGAGACUAGUGAAGCUAAUAUGGUCAGAAAAGGGGCAAACAACAAUUUGCUAAGGGAUGCUGUAGAGAUUAAUUCCCAAGCUUCUCUCCAGGGGAAAACUCAAGAAAAGCCAAGCAGUUCCGAGACAAGACCUAAGCAAGUGGUUGAAGCUGUUCCGAUACAGAACCAAGCAGCUGCGCAGAUACUUCUCCAGAAAAUGAAACAUCCAAAUUCAAAUGAGAGACAAUACAGAGGAGGAAGAAGGGGCAGAGGAAGAGGGAGACAUGAACAAGAAUCCAGGGUUUUGACUCUUGAUGAAUGGGAAAAAAGAAAUACCAGCGCAGUUCCUCCACAGACUGGCCAGCCGAAUGACACGUGUCAUGAUGAAGAUCUUGCAUGGCAGCUUCAAAACCAAUUCGAUUUGGAAGAUUCUCAUCAGGAGUCGUAUGGAACUGGGACAGAGGAUAUAAGGGUGAGCAUGUUCAACUAUGGAAGAAGACCUGAUGAUAACUUUGGCCGUGGAAGGGGACGAGGAAGGAGGCGGGGGAGAGGACGCUUUUAGUCGACCCAACAGUAUACAAUUCUUGCAGGCACUCGGAUAUAAGUCCCCUCUUUUGGUAAUGAUUUGCGCGGAAGGCGCCACCCAAGAACAAAGGACGAUAUUGAGAGAGAGAUGACGAGAGGACGACAUGGAAAAGAGAUAUUAUGGAAAGAUCCUCUCGAGCCAAUUCCCGGCCUAAGCUUCUCAUCAAUGUAUGUGAUCCAAAGGCUUUUCUGAACUCAAGUUCCCUGACCUGUGCCGUGACACAAGCCAAAGAUUUUGGUUUUGGUUUUUGUGCCUUCCGUAUCUUGAUUCCGUGAAUGAUCCCCGCUAUAUUUCAUUAUUCAGUUCACACGGUGUAAGGAAGGACUUGUAGCUUAGGUUUAGGCUUGGCUUGUAACUUGCAAGAUUGAUGUUCAUUUUGAAGAAAUGCAUUAUGCAUGCAUAGAAUGAUAACUAUGUUUGCUAAAAUUCGACCUUGUUAAAUUUGAUUCUGUAA